UGACAAGGCGCUGGGUAUAUAAAGGUUACGGACCGAGUAAAGAUGGCUAAUAAUGUGUUUUGACGGUAAGGGAACAUCAUUUAAAUGCGUGUAGUGAAGAGAAUAUGAACGUUUGAUGAAAAUAAGAUGUUCUUAUGACGUUCAAGAUGAAAAUAGAAUACGCUGUUUUAUAAAGAUAUUAACUUAAGUGUCUCUGAUGCCACCAUGGAAGAAGGACAUUACGUCACCGUUCAUGGUCGAAACAUCACCCAGAAUGCUUUUCUGCCAUCAACGCCAACCAUGUCGGUCGACCGGCUGUUCCCGGCGCUGCUCGAGUGUUUCGGCAUCAUCCUGUGCGGCUAUGUGGCCGGCCGCAGCGAGAUCAUCAGCGUGGGACAAACCAGGAGCCUGAGUAGCUUCGUGUCGUGCUUUGCGCUUCCGGCGCUGCUCUUUCGGAACAUGGUGCAGCUCCGGUUCGACAACGUAGUGUGGCCGUUCCUGUGGAGCGUUCUGAUCGCCAAGGUGUGUGUGUUCCUGCUGGUGUGUAUCCUGACGCUGAUGGUGGCCGGUCCGGAUGGUAGGUACGGUAAAGCGGGCCUGUUUUCCAUCUUCGCCACGCAGAGUAAUGACUUUGCGCUGGGAUAUCCCAUAGUGGAUGCUCUGUACCACGGGUCUCACCCUGACUACACCCAGUACCUGUAUCUGGUGGCUCCGGUGUCUCUGAUGCUGCUGAAUCCAGUGGGCUUUGCUCUGUGUGAACUCCAGCGUUGGAAGCAAAGCCCUGACCACAACCACAGCAAGCUGCACAUCGUCUCCACUGUCCUUCUCCGUGUGCUCAAGAAUCCGAUCGUGUUCAUGGUCCUGGUUGGGAUCGCCUCCCACUUCCUGUUUGGUGGACACGUCCCUCUGUUGUUGGGGGAGUUUGUGGAUGGAUUGGCCGAUUCGUUCGGAGGGGCUGCGCUCUUUUACCUGGGCUUGACGAUGGUGGGGCGGAUGAGUAAAAUUACUCGCUCAACAGGGGUCACCCUCAUUUUACUCCUCACGGCUAAACUUCUGUUGAUGCCACUGAUGUGUAAAGACAUCUUGGAGCUUCUGGACACACACAAUUCCACUUCUGUCAACCACACCGGUCUAUCAGACUACGCUUUCCUGUAUGGCAUUUUACCCACAGCACCCAGCGUGGCCAUUUACGCCAGUCAGUAUAACAUGCAGCUGGAGGUGGUGACCUCCGGUAUGGUUAUCAGCACGUUACUGUCUGCCCCUGUCGUGUACCUGUCUGCAUGGUUACUCUCCAUCCCCUGGAUGGAGGCGACGCACCUCAUCUCCGAGCUGCAGGAGGUCAGCUUUAACAUCAGCAUCGUCAGCAUCGUUGCACUGACGUGGACCGUCGCCGUCAUGGUGCUCAGCAAGAAGUUCAAGACGUUGCCUCAUAUGUUCACGACAAACCUUUUCCUCGCUCAGCUCCUGGUGUGUGUGUCGAUGAGCGUGUGGAAGUUUGCGGUUCAGCAGGAGAAUGUCCUGGGACAGAGCCUUACAUUCGCACUCCUAUAUGGAGCUUUGUACAGCACCUACAUGUGGACCGGUUUGUUAGCAUUCUCUCUCGCUCUGCUGAAGAAGAACGAACAGCUCAAAGUGUCACCCGUCGUCUUCAUCCUCCUCGGCUGGGGGUUGCCGUUUCUUGCCGUGGGCUUGUUGCUUGCGGCUGCUGAGAGAGUGAGUGAUAACGCCGAUGCUGCUUUUUUCUACGGCAAGUGGCAGAUCAUCAGCAGUGCUCUGGUUUUGAGCUUCAGUAUCUUCCUUGGUGGAGUGUCUCUGAUGGGCCUCAGCCAGGGUUCCCAGGAGGAGCAGAAUUACCAGAUCCUGGGGCAGAGCGUGAUGACGGGAACCACAGUGGACUUCCAAAUUCCAGUUCGAUCCGAGGACGACGGCUUGGAGUUCACACCAUCUCACAGCAGUACGUCUCACAGCAGUACGUCUCACAGCAGUACGUCUCACAGCAGUACGUCUCACAGCAAUACGUCUCACAACAGUCCGGUUGAUCCUUUUCCAGAUACUACAUCAGACCGUGUGCAUGACACACCAGCACCUCAAUCAGUCUCUUCAUCAGGUGUAGCACUGAAUGAAGCAUCGUCUUGUGUGCGUGUACAGACAGAGAGACAGGUGGCGCGUCAUGUGCUGCUCUGUCUUCUGCUGAUUGUCAGCCUGCUCGCAAACCUGUCCAGCUGCCUCUGGUGGCUUUUAAACAACGAUCCUGGACGGCUUUACCUCGAGCUGCAGUUCUUUUGUGCUGUAGCCAAUUAUGGGCAGGGUUUAAUAUCUUUCGGGCUUUUCGGGCUGGAUGAGGAUCUGAUCCUUUCACCGUUAAAAAGGAGACUGGCAGCUCUUUUGGGUGGAGUACAGGAACCCAUCAGAGCUCCAUCCACCGUUCCAGCCGAAGAGAUACGUCUGACUUGCACUCAGUUCGUCCGUUAUCAUAAAAAUCAGUGCGUGCAGGACAUAGUGCACAAGAGAAGGCGAACCGCCGCUCGUUUCCCGGCCUGCAAGCUUUGCGAUUGGUUACCGCGUGUAGGCGUGGUCAAAGACACAAAAAGGCACCGCUACUUUUAUAUGAGGCUCAGCUGCAGAAGGGCGGAGUCACGAUUUGUUUGCUACGUUCGUAGCAUUUCUCGGACGAGUGAGUCACAGCGACACACAGUGCGACGGAUUCGAACGAACGUUUUCUUCUUCUAAAAUCUUUCUUUUGCAUGGUGUGCCAAAGCUCAAUGAGAAUCAACGCUCCUUUUUAAAUUUUUUUUUAAUUAAACCAAGGUUUUAAAGAGCAGUGUUCGGUGUGUCAGCGAUUGUGCAAAUGGGCAUAAAAAUGUUGGUAAAAAAAAAUUUCUUCAAAUUGUGGCCAUUCUGCUGUGUGGCAGAAAUUGAAAAUGAAAUUAUGAUCAAAUGCAAAGUCUGCUGCUGAUAUCGUGUCUGAAUCCGUACUGGAUAGAGGUCGACCCGGAAAAACUAUCGGUAUGGAUUCAAUCAACUAUCGGCGCCGAUUAUUCCGAUGAAUCGGUCAACCUCUAAAACUGUCCAUUUGAUUGAUGUCAUGUAUCAUAGCACAAUAUUCAUGCACAUUACAUGCACUUACUCUGAAAACAAAAAAACUGCAGGUAUGCGACAAAUGUCUGAUACGGUGCUUACCGAUUAAAUGGGAUUUCCUCAGUGUAUAUUACAGGUCUACAGUGUAAGUGCAGUUUGUUUGUACAUUUAAUGAAGAUGCAAUUUCAUUUAUAACUUUGUAUCUAUAAGGUACGUUUUGGUAUUUUCUCUCAUCAGGGUUUUGUGUAUGCGCCGGUCGAAUCUCUCAGUGCUGGAAAAAUGUGAUCGAUCUCUCGUGUUAAUUUGACUGCUGAUAAAAUAGCUGCUGUCUUAUAUUUACUUGCCCGAUCGAUAUAAAUAUAUGCACCCAGGUGGAGGAUCACGUGGACCCGAGAUAAAGACUCUUCCAGAAUCCAUGAACAUUUGUUCAGGUGUUUCUUAAAUGAUGCAAUAAAUGUGCCACCUUACAUUA